AUUUCGUUUUCGCUUACGUCGGUCCUGGUCCUCAUCUACCUCUCUCUCUCUCUAUCUCUACAUCAAUCAUCAAAGGAAAGCAAGUCCUCGACAUCGCUUCACAUAUCUAUCUAGACCUCAUAAUUCUCGGAUCUCACCUCUUCUUGCUAUUCCCGCUCGAAUCCCUGCUGCCUCCACUCGCCCGCUUGAGCAUACUCUACCGGAGCGAUUGUCCACCCUGAUUUUUUAGAAAACACGCAGUCGCCGGUUUCAUUCGACAAAUAAUGGGCGGGUUCGACCAUUUGAGAGUCGGACAAGUUAACGAAGGUUACUGGGGCGCUCAUACGAGCUCCAUCGACUGGUGUGAAGAGAACUACACCUACAGCCCUUACAUUGCCGAAUUUGUCAACACCCUAUCCAACAUUCCGUUCAUCUGUCUUGGCCUGUAUGGAUACUACCGAAUCCUUCAACAAGGUCUCCCUCGCCGAUAUGGAUACUUGAUGCUCGGCUUGUCGAUAAUAGGCGGAGGAUCGGGGCUGUUUCAUAUGACGCUGCAAUGGUUUUGGCAGUUGAUGGACGAGUUGCCCAUGAUUUACCUCGUCACGUAUUGCGGUUUGCUAGUCUUUGACACUAGUCCGGAAUUCAACACGAGGUUGGGCGGGCUGGCCAUGCUGGCACUAGACCUGUUUGUCACCGUCAGCUAUAUCAGGGCACCUAAUCCCAUCUACCACCAAGUAGCAUUCGGUUCUCUGCAGCUUGUGUCCGUCUCGAGAAUCAUCUACCUUAUCAAAUACCGCCUCCCACCUAGCUCCGAACAUCCCGCAAAAAAGGUCAUUGGGGACAUGCUAUUCCGAGGUGUGGCUCUCUUCGGCAUCGCCUUUAUCAUCUGGAACCUGGACAAUCUUUUCUGUGAUACAUGGCGGAGCCUACGCGUUCAAAUCGCGCCGUUCGGAUUCAUGCUGGAAGGUCACGCAUUCUGGCAUCUCGGCACCGGCUUGGGCUCUUAUUGGAUCAUGACGGCAGCGACUUACCUGUGCUUGUGCGUCAAGACCGGCGUAAAGACGUACGAGAUCAAGGGUAGCUACCUCUUCCCCUAUGUGGCGCCAACGAGUCAGGCUUCUGUCGGCGGCAAGAGCGAACCCCUCAAAGAUGCCACGGAAAAGACGCCCAUCUUGCAAAACGCGAGCACGAAAGACAAACACUAGAUAUUAUCGCAUCUUCUUGGCCGCACAGCGAUCGUCCCAUGAUCGGGCAAAUUUUGCAUCAUCAUACAUGUACCAGUCAUUCAAGUAGCAUCAUAAUGAUACA